GGCGGAAGCUGUCGCCUCUGAGUUCGUUUCAGGGGAAUUCUGGGAGAUGUAGUCUUAGAGCGGCUGGUUGCUGUUAUUCAUCGCAGAGAUGUGGCAGCCCGCCAACUACAACUCCCGUGAGCCUCUAGGUCUUUGCUUCGGCUUGCACUCUGUAAGGUGUGCUGCUAAUAUAGGGUAACCCCGAGCUCUGGCACCCUGGUUCUUCCGGACCGAGAUGCAAGAACUCAGGAGGUCUAAGAUUGAGCAGCCCAUGACAUAAUAGAAGUUGACCAACCCAGAUAUAAUGCUGGCAACAUGUCAAUCCAAUCUAUGCUUUGUGAUCGCAUAGCUAUUGCCAAAGAAUUGAUCAAGCGAGCAGAAGAUCUCUCUAGAUCUCGAGCUGGAGGUGUGGAAGGUGGAGCAAAGUUAUGCAGCAAACUAAAUGCGGAGUUGAAAUUCUUACAAAAGGUAGAAGCUGGGAAAGUAAUCAUUAAAGAGUCUCACCUUCGUAGUACCAAUCUUACUCACUUACAAGCCAUCAUUGAAUCGGCAGAGAGCCUGGAAGAGGUGGUCAGUGUUCUUCAUGUCUUUAGUUAUAAUGACGGGUAUGGUGAAAAGCAAACACUUGUCGUGGAUGUUGUAGCCAAUGGUGGCCACACCUGGGUGAAAGCCAUUGGACGGAAGGCCGAAGCUCUGCACAACAUAUGGCUAGGGCGUGGGCAAUAUGGAGACAAAAGUAUUAUUAAGCAAGCUGAGGAUUAUUUACAAGCAAGCCGUCAGCAGCCAGUGCAGUACAGCAGUCCUCAUAUUAUAUUUGCCUUUUACAAUAGCGUUUCCAGUCCAAUGGCUGAAAAGCUGAAAGAAAUGGGCAUCUCUGUACGAGGAGAUAUUGUUGCUGUCAACUCUUUAGAAGAGGAUCCAUUAGCAGACAACUUUUCAAGCGGCAGUGAAUCUGAUGAUGAGAGCUCUGAGUUUCUUCAUGUUGGAAAGGUAGAUAGGGAAAAUGUAGUAGCCAGUGUUGCUUUCCCAACAGAGUUCAAGGUUGAAGUCUGCAACCGGGUCAACUUGGACAUCACCACACUAAUAACCUAUGUGUCUGCUCUCAGUCAUGGAGGUUGCCACCUAGUCUUUAAGCAGCAGGUGUUAACAGAGCAGGCAGCACAGGAACGGCAAGAGAAAGUUCUGCCUUUGUUGGAUUCAUUCAUGAAGGGAAAGGAGCUGUUUGCCUGUGAAUGUGCUGUGAAGGACUUUCAGUCCAUUUUGAAAACCUUGGGUGGACAAGGAGAAAAGGAGAGAGCAGCAGCUCUUCUGGAGAGAGUUACCGUUGUGCCAGAUCAGCCAUCAGAACGUGCCUUAAAACUUGCCAUCAGCUCUAAAAUCAAUAGUCGGUCAAUCACAAUCUUUGGGACUGGUGACACUUUGAAAGCCAUCACAAUGACUGCUAACAGUGGUUUUGUAAGAGCAGCGGGUAAUCAGGGUGUUAAGUUUAGUGUUUUCAUUCAUCAACCACGGGCACUAACUGAGAGUAAAGAGCCAACUGCUACUGUUUUACCAAUGAAAUAUGCAUCUUCUGAUCUACUUUAACUUUACUUUAUAUUAAUUUAUAGACCGGGUUAUUCACCAAUGUGAAAAUUCUAAGUGAAUUUCAAACUUGAGGCUAAAUCCGUUUCCAGGUCGAUUUUGACCAUAAAUGUAAAAUUCACUUUGAAUUCUCACUUCAGUGAAUAACCAUGUAGAUGCUGCUGGGCCAUGUGCCUUUGCGUUUAUUUUGCUGAUAUAUAAUGGUAAAAAAUGUAUCAAAGUUAUUAAACUGUAACUAUUACGUUACUUAUUUUUCCUUGGUUAAAAAUUGUGCAGCAGCAAAUUGUCAUGAUAAAUUGCCGAAGGGAUGCAACUUAAAACAUUAACUGUACUCUGCACUUUUCUCCAGCACUAAAUAUAAAGCCAUUGUCAUUUGUUCUCUA